AUGCAGGUGAAGCCACUCCAUUUUCUUGCAAAAAGGACUUUUUGUGAAUCAACAUGUACCAAGUCAUGUACCAUAUGGAGCUCACAAGCCACCAAUGGUCGAUCCUUGGGGCUUGAGGCCCUGGGAAGGCUUGAUGGCAGUCCUGCCGCCCUGCGCCAAGUGCUCACACUUCUGGAAGAGGAGGAUACGGCGGAGCCCUGGUGUGUUCGUUUCAAGGACCUGCCGGUCGAGGUCAGGUGCAAGCUGCGAGAGGGGCGCUAUGACGGCUGGUCUUCAGUCUGUCCCUACCCAGCAGAUUGGGAACGCCUCUGGGAAGCCAAGGAUCCCCUGAGGCUGGAGAACCCCUGGCACUCGUGCGUGGAGGAGUUCCGGGCCAAAGGUUUGGUUGUCAUCGAUCACUUCUUCAGCCUCGAAGGUCUGGCUGAACUGUGGACGUAUGCCUUGGAGGCACCAUGUUUCCGUUCACUGCGUCCUGGAUAUCUGGGUGCCUUUCCAGCCGAUGGCUGUGUACAUCCCAUCAUCCGCAGGGUAGCUGAAAGUCUGGAAGAGAAAAUGCCCGCUGUUUUGGAGAGACAUCAUUUGACAAGGUGGUGGCUGUUCAAAUACUUCUCCUGUGGGUCCAGCGGCAUUGGAAUCCAUGCGGACGAUGCUGCGGUGAAUGUGAAUAUUUGGCUCACUCCAGAUCAAGCUUGCCGCAGAGGCGGUGGCCUUGAUAUCUAUAGGUCCGUACCUCCUCCUGGUUCAUGGACUGGGGACCACAAUCGCGCCUUAGCGCAGGGAGGCGUUGACCACGUCAAGUACAAGCAGAAUCGAUCGGCGAGACGUGAAGACUUAACGACGUCAGUUGCGGACAUCUGGACGGCCAGAGGACAUCGGAAGAGAUCGAUUGAAGGUGAUCCGAUGACCGCAAUGAUGGCAGCCAUGGCCGCCCAGAAGAUGGCGGCCGUGCCACCCGUCGGGCUCGGUGCCUUAGGCGCAGUGGGCGCCUUGGGCGCAGUGGGGCUGCCGGCCCUCGCAGGGAAGGGCGCCAUUGUGCCAGCCACCAUGCCGGUGGGCGGAUGGUCUCCUGAGAAGCAAGCGCUCGUACAGCGGGUCAAAGACUUCCAGAAGAUUGGUCUUGCAGAGAAGAAGCAGUGGGAGGUCUUCUGCAUGAUGAAGCAGGUACAAAGGUACGACCCUGGAUCCCACGAUGAGAACUUCUUGAACGAAUUCUUCUUGAUGCAGCAGGCCGGACAGAUCAGUGCUGAGAAGCAUGAGAGCCCGGAAAAACUGGCGUUGGUCGAGAAGGUGAAAAACGUUCAGAAAAGCGGCCAUAUGGCUAGGCAGCUGUGGUACGACUACUGCAGCAGCCAUGGCAAUACCAACUUUGACCCUGCUCGACAUGACGAGGCCUACCUCAGAGGCUUCAUGGAGAAGAUGGAGCAGGGCGGUCAUGGAAGCGUGGGCUCAUUAGAGGCCAACAAGGUUUACGUGGGAAACCUGGAAAGGAACGUGACUGAAGACGAUGUCAAGGAGUUCUUCAGCAAUUUUGGCACAGUGACUCUGGUGGAGCUGAAAAUGGAUAUCACCACAGGCCUGUCCAGAGGCUUCGCUUUCGUCAGCUUCAUCGAUGAGGCACCCGUCAAGUUUAUCCUGGAAAACAAAGAGAUGAUGAAAAUUGCCGGAAAGCAGAUCGAAGUGAAACCUGCCAGGGACAGGUCAUCAUCGAUGAAGGGUGGUGGUGGCAGCGGCUGGGGAGAUGAUUACGGCUGGAUGCAACCUCCAACAAAGGGAAAGGGCUUUGGCAAGAUGGCAAUGAUGAUGUCGGCCAUGGCUGCGAUGAUGAAGGGUGGAAAAGGAGGAAAAGGAGCCGGCAAACCUAUGGGGCCAACCUACGGCGCCAAAGGUGCUGGAAAUCCCACAGCUGACUCAGAGGUGAUCUUCGUGGGUGGCCUUCCCAGAGAUGCCACCGAGGAAGCCAUCGCUGCGCACUUCUCGCAGUGGGGCACGGUCCAAAAGGUCGACAUGAAGUAUGACCAAACCACAUAUCAGUUCAGAGGUUUUGCCUUCGUCACCCUUGGCUCUCCAGCUGAAGCGCAGGCAAUCUUCAACAACUACGACAACAACCUGUACAAUGGCAAGUGGAUUGACUGCAAGCCUGCGGCCCUGGGGAAGAUGGGGCAGAUGUCUGGGGAUCCGAUGGCAGUGUCUGUGCCUCCAACCAUCCCGACGGACAAGGUAGCUCCCCCUCCCACAGGUACCACGCUUCGUGCUCGAGGGCUGCCCUUCUCCGCAACCAAAGAUCAGGUUCUGGAGUUUUUCUCUGGCUACGGAGUGACCGGCCGUGUGCAUAUGAAGCAAGACUACAUGGGUCGCCCCUCUGGUGAAGUCUUCGUGGAGUUCAUCUCCACCGAGGAGGCAGUCAGAGCCUUCAACGACAGAAACUUCCAGAUGAUGGGCACUCGCUAUGUCGAGCUCAUCGGUGCCAGCGACGCGGACGUCAAAUUGUACCUAGACAAUGGCGGCAAGGGUGCUACUGCUGGCUAUGGCCCCAUGAAAGGCAAAGGUGGAAAAGGCCCAUCGCCAUAUGACUUUAUGUGCCUUGGCUGCCUUGGCUGCGACGAUGUGGACGAUGAAUUUCUGGAUGGUUUUGACUUGUGCCCUGCUUGGUGUGGUUGUGCUGUGCGAACCGUGCUGGAAGUGCGGGUCGUGGCGCAUUUUGUUGCCAUGAACGUAUGCGUUUGGAAAGGCAUUUGUGAGCGUCAGCGUCUAGCCACUCGAUACAAGGCUACAAACAUUUGCAUCAGUGGCUGCAUCCCGGAUACAGAGGAUUCAUUCAGAAGUCUAGCGGAGGCCCGGGAGCGGCGCGAGGCUCGGGAACGUGCCCGGCGCGAGGGCCGCGAGGGCCACGAGGGCCGCGAGGGCCGCGAGGGCCGCGAGGGCCGUGACGGCAGCCAGGGCCGCGGGCGGCGCUUGAAGAGACGAAGUCGAGGCCGAGGUCGACGACGUCGCCACGACGGCCACACGGGCCAUGGACGACGGCACCGGGGGCGCAGAAGAGCACCGAGUCAUGGAAGACGGCGAGGGCGCAGACGGCGAGGUGGUCGCCAUGGUCGAAGGAGGAGAAGGAAAGCGUCCCAGGAACGACCUGCCUCAGAGAAAGAGGAAUCAGAUGCAGAGUCGGCAAGUGCCGAAGAGUCGGAGGAGGCUGGUAGUGAGGAUGCCUCAAAAUCCGAAGACGAGAAGGAUGCAUCUGACAAGUCUGACAAGGAGAACCAGGAAGAGGCACUGAAAACUGCCCGCACCGCAGUGUCAGACGCUGAAGCGGAAGUGCAGGCUGCUCAGAGCGCCGUGGCCAAUGCUGAGAUGAAACUGCUAACUGCUGAAUUGGAGGCUGAUGAGGCCGUCUCCAAGCAGGUUCAACGCAUAUCCGAAAGCUUCGUGAUGCCAGCUAUGGUGUUGAGCCUUUUCGUGCUUGCUGUCGCCUCCAUGCAUGCGAAGGCAUCAGACAGCGCGACUGUGACUUCAGAGCCAGACCAAAACACGCUGAACGUCCAGAUUGAGAAGCUGCAAGUAUGGAAUUUCAGCAAGUAUGCCAAUUGCGCAGUGCGACAAAGACCUGCGAGCAUGGGAGAGCUUCCAGUUCCAGAGCAGGAGUAUGUGGUGCUUGCAGAGCGGGCUCUGAAGAUUUGGUACGCUGCGAAAUUGCUGGCGCCCAUGAAGAAAUACUCUCCCUCUGACGAGCUGGACCAAAUAUGGCAUUGCCAUAUUUUGGACAUGCGCAACUACGCCCACUUCCAGCAACAGCUGGGAGUAAAAAUUGGGCAUACCCCAUAUGGGGAUGAGGAAACAAAUGAUCUGGCACAGACUGAGAGCGUCUUGAAUGUGGUGUCAAAAUCGUUGGGUACCAAACUUGAGAAGACUUUCUUCUCGUCGACAGGCAAAAUUAACUGUAUCCGAUGA